CGGCCGGGGGCGAACGAACGGCUCGGCGGUUCAUGACGUGACACUGACUGACGUCACGGGCGUCGCUGCAGCGGCCGAGCGGACUCCGCUUCUGCCAACUUGUGAGCGGUCGGUUCGCGCUCCGCAGACGUGUCGAGUCGCUCAGCGCCGCUUUUCAGGUCCGACCAGGGUCCCAACGCAGACUGCUCUACUCAGCCAUAACACUGCCUUUGCUAAACACACCGGCCCGGUGUGGUAACGCGGAGCUGCUGGCAGUGCGCCUGCGCGCUCCAAACGCACUUUUCGCGGUCUUUCGCUCGGCGCGCGACCCUCGGGUCGGGGCGCGAAGACCUGACGAUCGAUGGCCGCCUGAGCUCCUUCUCCUCCCUCCGUCGUGCUUCGUAUCGAGUCUCUUUUAUAACUCAGCACGGGUGCUUUUCUCACACACCGCUCCCGGGACUUUAAAGAGAAAAGAACACCAGACAGACGGAAAGGUGAACGUGGUAACUAGUUUACACCUGUAGGAAGGAAGGAGGUGAAGCUGCUCGUCGCCUUCGCUUCGUUCUGCGGAAAAAGUAACGCCACAUAAAUCCUACCUACAUACAGGACACGUUAAAAGUGACAAUAGUACAAACGCUACAGCACGUCGGAUUCCUUCUGUCCUCUCCUCACAUCAGCCAUGACCGCGGUCUUCCCUUCAGUGGCCAGGUGGGCCUGGGCCGACUCAUCACAGGGAUGGAGCGUGGGAUCAAGGGCAUGUGCAUCAACGAGCGCCGGAAGAUUACGGUUCCUCCUCACCUGGCGUAUGGCAGCGUCGGUGCAGCCGACGUAAUCCCCCCUGACACCACAUUGGUGUUUGAUGUGCAUCUGCUGGACAUCUGGAAUACGAAGGACCGCGUUCAGACCAGCACCAUCAGCAGGCCGCAGCAGUGCAAGCGUGCCGUGCAGAGAACGGACUUUGUGCGCUACCACUAUAAUGGCACCCUUCUAGAUGGCACACCCUUUGAUUCCAGCUAUGAGCGGAAGCAGACUUACGAUACCUACGUCGGGGAGGGCUGGUUAAUCAAAGGGAUGGAUGAGGGACUCCUGGGCAUGUGUGUGGGAGAGAAGAGGAACAUGAUCAUCCCACCUUUCCUGGCCUAUGGAGCAGAUGGACAUGGCACAGAGAUUCCUCCCCAUGCAAGUCUGGUGUUUGAUGUCCUCCUAGUGGAUUUACACAACCCCAAGGAUGACAUCGUAAUAGACAAUCAGGUGGUGCCUGAGUCGUGCACGCGCAAAUCUGUGCCUGGAGAUUUCAUCCGCUACCACUACAAUGGGACCUUCCUGGAUGGAAUGCCUUUUGAGUCCAGCUACCAGAGGAACAGCACAUACAACACCUACGUGGGCAUGGGCUAUAUGAUCCCUGGCAUGGACAAGGCCCUGUUGGGUGUGUGCAUUGGGGAGAGGAGGCGUGUCACUAUCCCUCCCCACCUGGCUUAUGGAGAAAAUGGAGUUGGUGAUGACAUCCCCAGAUCUGCAGUGCUGGUCUUUGACAUCCAUGUCAUUGACUUCCACAAUGCCAGGGACCCUGUGGAGGUCCAGGUCACCCACCGGCCAGAGGAGUGCAACAUGAGCAGCGCUGUUGAUGACCUCGUACAGUACCAGUACAACUGCUCCCUGCUGGAUGGCACGCUGCUAUUUUCUUCGAGAGAUUACGAAAGACCACAGGAGGUUGUAUUGGGGGCCGACAAAGUGAUUGAUGGACUGGAUGAAGGUCUGCGGGGGAUGUGCGUGGGCGAGCGCAGGGUCCUCAUUGUGCCUCCACACUUGGGCCAUGGCGACAUCAGCGUAGGAGGAGUUCCCCCCAAUGCAGUGCUGCGCUUUGAUGUGGAGCUUGUGGGCAUCCAGAAGGGGGUGCCAAAGGGCUACCUUUUUGUGUGGCUGGAGGAAGGUCCUUCAGAGCUUUUCCAGGCACUAGAUGUGAACAAGGACCAGGAGGUCCCAUUGGAAGAGUUCUCAGCAUUCAUAAAAAGUCUGGUUGCAGAGGGCAAAGGUCGCUUACGGCCAGGGCAGCACUCUGAUGUUGUCAUCCAGGACAUGUUCAACAACCAGGACCGCAACAAGGAUGGCAGGAUCACGGCAGAUGAGCUGAAGCUGAAGGCCCAGGAAGAUGCAGAGAGGAGUAGGCAUGAGGAGCUCUAAGGUGGAACGGUGAGGAUGGAAACUCUCCACUGCAGAGUGGAGUGACCCAUCUCUAUUCAGUCAGCGUCCAGGGUGCCACCGACCGCCUGCAGCUGACGCUGGAAGGCCAGUCCUGAAAUGGCUGGAGUUCUGCAUCGUGUUUCACGUUCUCUUUGAUGAAAAUUGGUGUACAUGAGCUGUAUGUGUCAUAUUGCCGCCACUUUGCCAAACAAACGUUGUAUAAUUUAAGAGAAAAAAAAAAAAAGGUGAUGAUCCCUUUCAGUUGGAGUAAAAAAAAAUAAAGAAAUGGGGAAACCUAUUGCAAUGUUCACACCA